GGAUCAUUCCCCAGGAGCAGAUCCGAGAUCCAGAAGCGCUAGAACAUUCUUCCAGCUAAUCCCACUGAGAUCUGCGUGGCGCUCCUCCCCCAGCCGCCGACCCGGAGGACCCCACUCAGGAGCGAAGUCACGGAGACACGCCGCGUCCUCCUGUCCAGGUCCCGGGAAAAAACCCAACAAACUCCUGGAAGUGUGUCUCCCUCAGCGAGCGCAGACGGGGGGCUGAAUCUCCGCCAUCAUGACCGACACAAAGCGCCUCGCCUUCUCCAUCAUCCAGUUCCUCCACGACCAGCUGCAGACGGGAAGCCUGUCCUCAGACGCCCAGGAGAGCCUGGAGGUUGCUGUCCAGUGUCUGGAGACGGCGUUUGACGUCUCCACCGACGAUCAGAGCCUCGCCGUCCCCAUGACGCUACCGGAGAUCUUUGCCUCUGCCACAGCCAAGUUCCCAGCUCAGUCGCAGGCCAAUAACAACACGACUCCGAGCUCGCCGACAGAAGAGGAGAAGGCCGAGGCGGAGAGGUUGAAAACUGACGGUAACGACCAGAUGAAGGUGGAGAACUUUGCAGCAGCUGUAGAGUUUUACUCCAAGGCCAUCGCCCUGAACCCCCAGAACGCCGUUUACUACUGCAACAGGGCUGCAGCGUACAGCAAACUGGGGAACUACGCCGGCGCCGUGCAGGACUGUGAACGGGCCAUCAGAAUCGACCCGAACUACAGCAAAGCUUACGGACGGAUGGGUCUAGCUCUGACCAGCCUCAACAAGCACACCGAGGCUGUCGGUUACUAUAAGAAGGCUCUGGAGCUCGACCCCGACAACGACACCUACAAGACCAACAUGAAGAUCGCAGAGGAGAAGAUGGAGACGUCCAGCCCGUCUGCAGGUUUGGGAGGAAUCGACCUGGCCGGUUUGCUCAGUAACCCCGGCUUCAUGAACAUGGCGUCCACUCUGAUGAACAACCCUCAGGUCCAGCAGCUGAUGUCCGGGAUGAUGUCAGGAGCGUACGGUGGAGUGGGAGCACCGGCGGGUGGGGGAGUAGCCGGUGGAGGUGGAGGCGUAGUAGGCGGCGGCGUAGAAGGAGGUGCAGCAGGAGGUGCAGCAGGAGGAGGUGCAGCAGCAGGAGGUGCAGCCUCCGCCACAGCCUCAGCAGCUCAGGGACCUGCCGAUCUGUCGGGCCUGAUCCAGGCGGGGCAGCAGUUCGCUCAGCAGAUGCAGCAGCAGAACCCCGAACUCAUCGAACAGCUUAGGAGUCAAAUCCGCAACCGAACGCCCAGCGCCGGAAACGAGGAGCAGCCAUGACGAUUCUGAACUGUCGGACAGAUGUGGCGGCGGCAGCGUCUGACUUUCUUUCCCUUUCUGAUGUGGAUUGUUUAACUCAAAGGACUAUAAGGAAAUGUUCUGUUUUCCAUUAACUGUAUAAUGGCAGCAUGAGAGCGUGAUAGCUGUUCAGGAACACCAACACCUCCCCUCUCCUCCUGCAGCUCUGUGUGACUUUAGAGGAGACUUUCAGCACCAGGAGCCCAGAUGUUCAACAGCUUAAAAUGUUUUAUUUCCUCUGAAAACAGCAGCGCGUGGCUGAAAAGGCCUUUUCUGUCUGUUUCCUGGGACGUCUGAGAUCGUAGCUGGUUUAUAUAAAUGAACUGAGAACCUGUCGGCCACAUGGAGCUGCAGGAGGGAGGCUGUUUGAACACACUUUAAUUAAAAAGAGCAUCUCACCAUUUUACUCGC